AUGCCGCCUACAGCCACGAUGCCCCGGUCUCCUGGCGUUGGCGCUGUCGGAGCAUCCAGGGGCCAGGCUGCGAGAACAGGUAGUCCCUUGUUGCGACUUGCCCUCAUAUUUGGAGCUUUGCUGGUAUAGUGAGGAGAUGGAAGUGCUGCUCAGAUGGCCUCGCUCGCAUUGGUGUACGCUAGCUAAUGGUGCAGAAUUAUGUCACAUCCCUCCAGCCUAGGCUAUCGAGCCACUGUUCCAAGCCCACACAAAGUGCUCGAGUCUGCCGUCUCCUUUACGCCUGCCUCUGCAACCAUAUCUCGACGAGUGGUGGCAGUUGCGGACCUACACGGGGACCUGCAACACGCUCACAAUGUGCUUCGCAUGGCCGGCAUCAUCGAUGCGAGCGCCAACUGGAUAGGCGGGGAUGCUGUGCUGGCUAGUACAGGAGACAUUGUGGAUAGAGGAGACGAUACGAUUGAGCUGUACAAGAUGUUUGAUAGGCUCAGACAGCAGGCACUAGAACAUGGUGGAGAGGUGCGCAACUGCGUGAGUAGGGUCGAGAUGCAAGCCUACGAGGUCCACGAAUUGAAAUUCUUACACGAGCGUGUGGUGUGCGCGUUCCUCCCAGCUCGGAAAUCACGAGAUGGUGAGAACGAAGACAGUUAGCAGUACAAAAGCUGUGUGCUGAGAUCGCUGCGCUUCUAUUCCCUGCUCAGAUGAAUGCGCUUCACGACUGGCGCUAUGUGACGCCUGGAGACGUCAAAUCGUUUGGCGGUCCUCAAGCGCGGAGGAACGUCAUGUCAAGCUCAGGCUGGAUUGGAAAAGCAUGGAUGUCCAACUAUACGAUCAGCCAGACUGUGCCUCUUCUCUCACCCCACAAGGUCCCAACAGGUGUGCCAUCUCACUACGCGGUUCCCCAUGCUAGCUUUGUGCACGGAGGCAUCCACCCUGAGUGGGCUGCCAAAGGUCUGGAUCACAUCAACGAAGUAGGAAGAUCUCUGCUCUUCAGAGCGCUGGACUGGAAAAGUCCCAGAGGGCACUUGCCGCCCGAUACUAGCAGGGAAGAGAUGUCGCUGUAUGACGAGAUGGGCCCGCUUUGGUAUCGAGGAUAUGCUUACGAGACGGAGGAGGAGGUGUGUCACUUGGCCCACGCCGCCAAGGAAUCUUUGGGUGUCAGGCAUCUUGUGAUGGGACAGUGAGUAUGUCGCAUUCACGCUGAUGCAUCUUCGAGGCUGAACCGAUGCCCUCCUUUCGUCCGCCAGCACGCCUCACUUUGAUGGAUUCGUAGUCCGAUGCGACGCCGCGGUCUUGCUCAUAGACACUGGAAUCUCUCGGGUAGGUCCGCGCUCGUCACUGGGUUCCGAUCCCUUCUCCCACUCACAUGUGCCGCCAUCCUCGCCAUGAUGCAGGCAUACGGCGGGGAGCAAUCGGCACUAAUCUUUGACACUGAGCUCCUACCUCUAGCCAAAGGAGCUUGGGAAGAGAAAUCCACAUUGACUGCGUUGUACCGAGGGAGAAGACCAAAGAUCAUCAAGGAGAUCCGAAAGGUCGUAUAG